AUGGGUGAAGAGUUGAGCGGAAAUCAGGUAACGAGCGUAUUAAUAUCUAUUCGUAUCUCAAUCGAUAAUCAUAUUGCUUCGGGCCCUCUAAUCGCCUCCUUACCACUUUCCGACAGCGACCCCAACCAAUACUUGGUUAAAACCGGUGCAUUCAUUAAAGAUGUAUCUCUUCAAAAGAAGGGAUGGGUGAUGCCCGGUCAACGUUCUAUUUUUUUUGACAUCACCCCUCAAAAUUAUACCCUACAACUUCAAGCCAUGACGGCUGAAAAAUUAGAAUUUAGUCUUCCCGCCGUAUUCACGAUAGGGCCAAGGGACGAACCCGCCUGCUUGAAGAAAUAUGCCAAAUUAUUGGCCACGAAUCACAAAAAUUCCGACGCUCACGUCAAAGAAUUAGUCAAAGGUAUCAUCGAAGGCGAAACUAGAGUUAUAGCUGCUGCAAUGACUAUGGAAGAAAUUUUCCAAGAGAGGAAAGGGUUCAAGGAGCAAGUAAUCAAGAAUGUACAAGAAGAACUUAACCAAUUUGGUUUGUUCAUUUAUAACGCGAAUGUAAAACAAUUGCAAGAUACUCAAGGUUCCGAGUACUUUAAGUACAUGAGGCAAAAAACCCAUGAAGGUGCUAUAAAUAGUGCCAAGGUUGAUGUAGCCGAGGCAAAAUACCGUGGUGAUGUUGGUGCAAAGCAGAGAGAAGGGUUGACAAGACAAGAGACUACGAAAAUUGAAGCCGACACGGUUAUCAUUGAGAAUGAGCGUAAGGUUACCAUGGCACAAGCCGAAGCGAACCUUGAAACAAAGAAGUCCGAAUUUGAUAGACAGAUUAAAAUCGCCGCUAUCGAAGCCUCGCAAGCAGCAAAAAUGAGAGAAAGCGAGCUUCAAAAAGAAGUUGAAGAACGAAGACUUCUGUCUGAGACAGAAAGGCUUCGCGUUCAAUAUGUCGCAAAAGCUACAGCAGAAUAUGAAGCGGCCAAGGCUGUCGCCAAUGCCAAACUUUACACUGCGCAAAAGGAAGCCGAGGCUAGUUUAUAUAAAAAACAAAAAGAAGCCGAGGGUGUACUCGCUCUCUACAAUGCCCAAGCCGAGGGUAUAAGAAAUUUAAUGCAAUCCUUUGGUGGAGACUCGAAUGCUGCUUUACAAUAUAUUAUGAUCGAUCGUGGUAUCUACACACAAUUGGCCAAAGAGAAUGCUGCAGCAAUUCAAAACUUAAAACCAAAUAUUACCGUGUGGAAUACUGGCGGUGGUCAUAAUGAAAAUCCUAUUGCAAACAUCUUCCAGUCUUUACCCCCACUUUUAUCAACUAUUCAAGAGCAGACUGGAAUUUCCCCUCCUUCUUGGAUUGCUCAGAUGCCUAAUGCCAAAACUCCGUUGUCUAAAAACAGUUAA